AUGGUCCCCCCCUCUACCCUCCCCGCCCCCCUCAAUCUCCCCAUCCGCGAAGCCAAUCAAGCCUUCUUUUUCAAAUACGCCUUCACACUCGGCAAAGCCUAUGCCACCUUCUACAAAACGGGCGUCAAAAACAUCUACCACAAUUUCGUCGCUUCACGGCAUAUCCAGACACUCAUUGACGAAAAAUAUCAAUCGUCCAUCUCCUCCGCCGCAAAAGCUGGCGGCAUAUCGCGUGCGGAUUUCCAGCUCCUUACUCGCAAUCGGCACGAUGUGAAACGGGUUCCUCUAUUCGCGCUCGUGUUUAUGAUAUGUGGAGAAUUUACGCCGUUGGUGGUGCUUGCCAUUAGCAGUGUGGUACCAUGGACAUGUCGGAUUCCCAAGCAGAUAAAUGCGGAUCGCCUAAAAUUGGAGGAGAGGCGGAAGACGAGUUUUAGGAAUUUGACGAUGAAAACGCCGGUGGCGGGGACUGGGGUGCAGGGUUUGCAGCGCAUGCAGUUGUUGCAUAUUAGUUGGAGUUUGGGGUUGAGUAGCAGUAUGUGGGAUUAUAUCGGAGGGAGAUUUCCAGGAUUACCGAAUGGGAUACUGAAGAGGAAGGUGGCUAGGAGGGUGGAAUAUUUGGAGUUAGAUGAUCGGUUGAUUAAGAAAGAUGGGGGUGUAAAGGCUAUGGAGGAGGAGGAGCUGAAGAUGGCGUGUGUAGAGAGGGGCAUUGAUGUUAUGGGAAGGGAUGUGCAUAUGUUGCGGAUGCAAAUGAAUGCUUGGUUGAGGUCGAGCGAGAAGGUCUCGGUAGAGACUUUACUUCUGACCAGACCAGCAGCAUGGCCCUCGAUACCUAAGAUGCUUUAG